CGCGGCCAGGGCGCCGCCUGCUGGGUCGACCCUGGGGCCGGAGACGCCACAGGCCCCGAGGAGCACUCCGAGCGGGUCCAGCUGCAGGCCCUGCUCGAGGCCGCCUCGGAGGUGGCCCGCGCCCUGCGCCGCGACUGCGCGACCUGGACGGACCACGACAUGACGGAGCUCGCGGCCUGCGGCGGCGACAGCCUCGCCGACCCGAGCAUGUUCGCCGCGCAGUUCCGCGCGAGGGGCUCCGCGUCCCGGUACCCCCGCGGGCACAUGGCAUCCAGUAUGUACGUGGUGGGCGUCCUGGUGACCUCGGCGCUGUGGGUCAGCUCGGAGGAGGGCCCGCUGAGGAACCGGCGGCUCUCUACCCUGGUCCAAAUCUGCGCCACGAGAAGAAUUGCUUCUUAG